CGGUAGUCUGCACUUCCGUUUCCGUCGUUGAUGACGUCCUUUCCGGUUGUUGCCCUCUCGUAGCCAUCAUGAAGGUCGAGUUGUGCAGUUUUAGCGGGUACAAAAUAUACCCGGGCCAUGGCCGCCGAUACGCCAGGAUAGACGGAAAGGUGUUCCAGUUUUUGAACGCCAAAUGUGAAUCCGCUUUCCUGGCCAAAAGGAAUCCACGACAGAUCAAUUGGACUGUGCUGUACAGACGCAAGCACAAGAAGGGCCAGUCAGAAGAAGUGACAAAAAAGCGUACCCGCCGCGCUGUUAAAUUCCAGAGGGCCAUCACUGGAGCCUCCCUGGCUGAGAUUAUGGCCAAGAGGAACCAGAAACCUGAGGUCCGCAAAGCCCAGAGGGAGCAGGCAAUCAGAGCCGCUAAGGAGGCAAAAAAGGCAAAGCAGGCAGCCAAGAAGCCAGCUGCUCCUAGUGCAAAAACCUCUGCAAAGACUGCACAGAAACCCAAGAUUGCUAAGCCCAUGAAGGUCAGCGCUCCUCGUGUUGGUGGAAAACGUUAAACCUUAUACUGGUGGUUAAUAAACUUUUGUGGUUUAUCA